AUCCAAUUGAGAAUUUGGAAGUAUCACCUAACAAAAUGACCAAGUUAUUAUUCAAAUACUCGAAUUCGACAACAUAAUAAGCCCAAAAAUUUACUCUCAUGAAUGAAGGAGUGUUAGCGACACGUUGAUGAUACACGAGGGACUAUUAAUGUGAAGUAACAUAAACACACCGACGACUUCGUCGGUCGCAAGGCGGUUUCAGAGUCUACGUUGACGCUAAUAUCUUCACAUCACAGAGACAUCGAUCGAUCGACCAAUCAGAGAGAGAGAGAGAGAGAGAGUAGGAGGAGGUGAUGGGGAACGCAGCGUGUGUGUUUGUAGGGUGCAUAGAUCAAGCCAGCGUUGGGAUCGUUGAGAAAUGGGGUCGCUUCGAGAAAUUGGCCCAGCCCGGUCUCAAUUUCUUCAACCCUUGCGCCGGUCAGUAUCUCGCCGGUGUUUUAUCCACCAGGAUCCAAUCUCUUGAAGUCAAAAUCGAGACCAAAACCAAGGACAACGUAUUUGUUCAGAUAAUUUCAUCAAUUCAGUACCGAGUAAUAAAGCAAAGUGCCGAUGAUGCAUUCUACGAGUUGCAGAACCCCGCGGAACAAAUUCAAGCUUAUGUUUUCGAUGUUGUUCGAGCACAGGUUCCAAGAAUGACGUUGGAUCAACUCUUUGAGCAGAAGGAUGAAGUUGCAAAAACUGUAUUGGAGGAACUUGAGAAGGUGAUGGGAGAAUACGGUUACACAAUAGAGCACAUACUGAUGGUGGACAUCAUACCUGAUCCCUCUGUGCGUAGAGCAAUGAACGAGAUCAAUGCAGCACAAAGGCUUCAACUUGCUAGUGUAUACAAAGGAGAAGCUGAUAAGAUACUUCAAGUUAAGAAAGCGGAAGCCGAAGCUGAAGCCAAGUAUUUAGGGGGAGUGGGUGUGGCAAGGCAGAGGCAAGCGAUAACCGAUGGAUUAAGAGAAAACAUAUUAAACUUUUCACAUACGGUUGAAGGUGCAUCUGCAAAAGAGGUAAUGGAUCUUAUUAUGAUCACACAGUACUUUGACACUAUCAAAGAUCUUGGAAGUUCAUCAAACAACACGACCGUUUUCAUACCACACGGGCCGGGCCAUAUCAGAGACAUUGGUGAUCAGAUUCGUAACGGGCUCAUGGAAGCGAAUGCAGGCACCAGUGGAUAACUUUUAAGGGGUUGACAUUGUUAUGUAUCGGAUCUUGUUUGUUUUUUAUAUAUGUAUUUACAGAAUAAAGAAAAACAGUUCUGAAGUUGAGGUUAUCUUGCUUUUCUAAAUGGUAGUAAAUACUAUUACCAGGUAGCCUAUUUGGUUU